AUGAGCCUGAAUGCUUCAUCAACAAGCGGUUGCGCCGUUUGUGGCGAGCGUCACCAUGGAAAGCAUUUUGGAGUUCUGGCUUGCCGUGCGUGUUCGUCUUUUUGGCGACGAUCGUUGGUUGAGAGAAAACGCUACAAAUGUCGAGGGAACGGCAACUGUCAAGUCGAAAGGGCAGAAAUGCGCAAUGCUUGCAGAGCAUGUCGUCUGGAAAAAUGUCGUCAAGUCGGGAUGAAAGUUGAAGUACCCUCAGCAGAUAUUCACGAAGAUACUCCAUCCUGCUCGGAGCACGAAGGUGUGAUCAACGUCGAGGACAGCCUACCGUUGGAUUUGUCAAACCCGAAUGUUAUCUGUGUUGAUGUAGGUGCCACUAAACGGCUGAAAAUUGUUCUUUAGCCAGCAGCUUGUCCCACAAGGGAGCUGGAGAGGCUAGCAGCGCACUAUAAGACCUUUUGUAGCGCCGAGCGAUCGAUGUACAUGUUGGAGAAUCCGGAUGACUUAUUCAACACAUUAGAGGUAAGGCUAGAAAUACUUUCCAAUCUGGCCGCCCUCUCCGUGUCUGCUCUGUAUUCCGCAAAUUACUAUAUGAUUUGCAGGACAUGAACUUUAAGCCUCUUAGACGCACCGAGCACAUUCGAAUGGAACGUGGAACAAUUGCAUUGGUUUUCUCGUUUCUUAUGGACGCUUCUGCAUUCUUCAAAGCAUUUCCUAGAGAGACCAAAUUGCAGAUAAUGCGAACUUUCUACUACGAGUUUGUAUGUGUACACCGAGCAUUCGCCUCGACCAAGAUCUCGAAGCCUGGCCAGCCACUGGCGCUGGUGGUUCAUUAUGGCUAUUAUUGGGACGACGAUUACGCGAGUACAUUCUUUGAAGGCUCAGACAAAAUAGAAGAGCAUACGGCGUUUACUCGACCGUUUAUUCAAGGCAUGAUCCAUACUGUUGCUGCAAUGAAGGAGUUGAGAGUUACCGAGAUGGAGCUGAUGGCCAUAGCUAUGAUUAUGUUUUACAACAAUCGUAAGUUUUACUCCUGUUAUUGGUUGACUUGUAUUCGGUAAUCAUAUGCUGAAAAAAUUAUGGAAACAUAUAACCCGUUUUAGUUCACGAUCUACACCUAAUGACACCGGAAAUUCAAGCCGCAUCCGACUCCAUGAACCAUGAACUUGUAUAUAAUGUUGUUUCACACUUUGGAGUUGGUAAUCUGGGCCCAAGACUUGGUAAUAUUCAACGGUUUGCUCAUCAUGUUGUGGUAAGUCUGGAAACGCACUUGGCAAUUAGUCUCUUCAGAAGAGAGCCAGCGAGCUGCAGGAGUUGAUGGUCAUGGCCAAGGUCUUCUUUCCGUAUGCGACAUCUGAAGUCUGGGAAGAUCUAAACCAGUGUGCUACUCCAACACCGUCGGUUUACUAG